AAAAUUUGGGUUGACAUAUGGGAAGAAAAUACAGCAGGUUCUACUGGUGCAGUUAAAUUAUAUUUAAAAGAAAUCAUUGAACUCCUAACAGUACUAUUGGAAUCACCAUCAUGGUCAACUAAAAGACAAGCUGCAUUAACUAUUGCUGAUGUAGCCAAAACCAUAG